AUGACGACGUCGUUUCUCAACGGCGAGAGACUCGUUCUUCUCUUCUUCAUUUCUAGAAUCCUUUACUCUCUCCCUCUCUCUCUCCUCUCCCAUGGCGUUUCUCUCUCCCUCAUCGCCCUCGCCGCAUUCUUCCUCGAGAUCUCCGUCGAUUCUUCCAAUUCCCCCUUCCCUCUUCGCACCAGACCAGGUGCUUCCUCCGGAAUUCUACUCGGUGCAAUCACUCUCCCGUCUCUUAUUCUCUCCAAAUUGAUACAAUCAUCGCGUGGAUUCUCGCUCCAACUACUUCAACCUCAAGAGAUUGAAUAUCUGACAUUGCAAUACUGGGCAACAUCUGCCAGCGUCUUCUCUGUGCUUUUGUUCCUCGCGUUGACUAUAAGGCGUUCUCGUUGGGGUUUAAGGUUUAGCUUCUCUUUCGCUUUCCUUCAAGCUGUGCUCUCUAUUGCAGCGCUUUUGACUACGUCUCAAAUUGGGUUGCACCCUGCAUUGAAGCUUUCUUGGGUGUUUUUUCAUGGAUUGGCAUCCGUCAAGCUAAUUCAGCAUUUCAUGAGAACUUUUCCGUAUUGUGCUUCCAUUGGGGAAGCAUUUUUGGUGACAGCUGGUAUUGUUCUCUAUUUUGGUGAUAUGCUGUUGCUUACUAUAAAAAAGCUAUGUGGACUAUUGGUGUCAUCAGAGUUGGAUACUACAGAUGAAAUUAAACGAAGUGAGAUAAAUAUUAUAAUUCAGGGGCUUGUCCUUGGGCUUUUGCUAUAUCCAAUAGCUUUGAAAUAUAUUCUACAAAUAUGGGAGUGGUUAAUAAAUACAAUUUAUUCUGAACAAAAAAGAUACUAUGAGAUUGGGAGAUCCCUCAUAUUUAUUGCUUCCCUUGGACUUGCCCUCAUUGUGUUUGUACCAUUAUGGAUGCAGUUCGUACAGGAGUUUGAUAUGCAUCCCUUUUUCUGGGUGCUUUCCUUUGUUUUCUCAGAGCCAUCCAAAAGACUGUCGUUGUGUAUCUAUUGGAUGUGUAUAAUUUUUGUUUCUGUUUUACGAUUCUAUACCAUCUCUAAGAACAGUAAGAUUGAGAGGAUUCUUUUGCGGAAAUACUACCAUCUGAUAGCUGUCUUGAUGUUUUCACCUGCCCUUAUCUUUCAGCCAAAAUUUCUCGAUCUAGCUUUUGGCGCUGCAUUGGCGGUUUUCUUAAUAUUAGAAAUUAUUCGAGUAUGGAGAAUCUGGCCCUUGGGACAACCAAUAAAUCAAUUCAUGAAUGCAUUCACUGAUCACCGUGACUCUGAUUUUCUCAUUGUCAGCCACUUCUCACUGUUGCUUGGAUGUGCUCUUCCUAUUUGGUUGUCUUCUGGGUACAGUGAUCGACCUCUUGCCCCUUUUGCGGGAAUUUUGAGCCUAGGAAUUGGAGAUACAAUGGCAUCAAUGGUUGGAUACAAGUAUGGUGUUUUGAGGUGGAGUAAAACUGGCAAGAAAACGGUUGAAGGUACUGCAGCUGGUAUAACGUCUGUACUAGCUGCUUGCUCUUUACUCCUUCCACUCUUAGCAUCAGCCGGAUACAUUUUUACUCAGCAUUGGUUCUCUCUACUUCUAGCCGUGACUGCAAGUGGCUUGUUGGAAGCCUACACGGCACAACUUGACAACGCCUUUAUACCACUCUUUUUCUAUAGUCUUCUCUGUUUGUAG